AUGAACUGCCUGUUCAAUAAGCUUAAGAGGCUUAAGACUUUGCUUAGGGGAUUUAAUAAGCAGUUUUUCUCUGACAUUUCUGGUAGAGUAAGACUUAAAAGGGCUGAACUGAAGUAUAUUCAGAUUUUUAACCUCGCUCAUUCAAGUCAUAGGAGGAUUGAUGAUGAGAAAAUGAUUCAUGCUGAGCUUGUUAACCUGGAAGUUGCAGAAUCUGAUUUUUAUAGGCAGCAGGCUAAGGUGUCCUGGCUUAGAGAGGGUGAAUUGAAUACCAAGUUCUUCUAUCAGAGGGUUCAAGCUAAUACAAAGAAGAACACUAUAAGGGUCAUUAGAUGUUGUUCUGUUGAAACUUUGAGGGAUUUGCUUAAUUACACCCUCCCUGAUGGUGCUAUCUCCUCUCUCACUAAGGAGGUAAGUGAUAAGGAGAUCAAAGAUGCCUUUUUUAGGCAAGGGAAGGACAAGAGCCCUGGUUCUGAUGGCUUCACUGCUGGUUUUUUCAAGGCUGCCUGGGACAUUAUUGGCAGUGAUUUCACUUUAGCUGUGAGGUAUUUCUUUCACUCCUCUUGUUUACUGCUUGCCUUUAAUGCCACUGCCUUGGUCUUGAUCCCUAAGUCCCUUAAUGUUUGCUCUGCCAAGGAUUUUAGACGUAUUUCAUGUUGUUCAGUAGUCUACAAAACUAUCACUAGAGUACUGGUUGAUAGGCUUACUCCUUACUUCCCUGAUAUGAUUUCCCAUAAUCAGUAUGCUUUUGUUAAGGGGAGGAAUAUUGUUGAUAACACUCUUUUAGCCCAGGAGAUUGUGAAAUGUUACUCUAGGAAGAGCCUUUCUCCUAGAUGUGCAGUCAAAAUUGAUUUACAGAAGGCCUUUGAUUCAGUUAAUUGGGACUUUUUGUUUUUUGUGCUUGGGGCUAUGGGGAUUCUUGAUAUUUUUUGUAAUUGGGUUAAGGCCUGUGUCACUACUCCCAUGUUUUCUGUUUGUCUGAAUGGUAGUUUGGUGGGGCAUUUUAGGGGGGCUAGGGGGAUCAGGCAGGGGGAUCCCUUUUCCCUUUACCUAUUUGUCAUUGUGAUGAAUGUGUUAUCUUCUUUGCUGAAUGUUGCUGCCAUGCAAGGGAUAUUCAUAUAUCACCCUAAAUGUAAAAGAAUCCCCCUCACUUAUCUUAGUUUUGCAGAUGACUUAUUGUCGGCUACUGGGUUUAGGCUGGCUCAUCUCCUUGUCAGGUAUCUUGGGGUACCCCUUGUUACUCGUAAGCUAACAGGGAGAGACUGUUCUGCCCUACAACUCAUCCUCCCUAAGGGUAUCAUCAAUGACAUUGAGAGACUUUGCAUGAGAUUUUUUUGGAAAGGCUGUGAAGCCCCUGCUAGAGGUGCUCGUGUAGGCUGGAAUCAGGUUUGUUCUUUGAAAUCCGAGGGUGGCCUUGGUCUUAGGGACCUUGCCCUGUGGAGUAAAACCUGCUGCCUGCUGCUCAUUAGAAACAUUUUGGCUAACGAAGGUUCUAUUUGGUUUGCCUGGAUUCAGGAAUACUGUUUUAAAACAGUGAGCUUCUGGGAGUUUGAAAUUCGAGUCAACUUUAGUUGGAUUUUAAAGAAGCUUUUGAAGCUUAAAGAGGUAGCUAGGAGUAUGUUUUUGCCUUCUGCCGACUUGAGCUUAGUUAGAGGCAAGUGGAUUUGGGAAAGGGUCCGAAUUUGUAGGGAGAAGGUCAGAUGGCACAGAAUUAUUUGGUUCCCUACCCAUAUUCCUAAAUUUUCUCUCAUUUCUUGGAUGACAAUCCUUGAUAGACUGCCUACCAAGGAUAGGCUGGUUCGGUUUGGUUUGACUUUGGAAGCUGGUUGUGUUGUGUGUGGGAUUGGUUUGGAGUCCCGGGACCAUUUGUUUCCAGACUGUUCUUUUGCUAGGGAUGUAUGGAAUGCUAUUUUUAUUUCUUGUGGACUGCGAUCUGACUUGUUUAGCUGGGAUGAUCGCCUCAACUGGCUGAUUGAUAACUUGAGGGGCAAUUCCCUUCGUGUAUAG